GAAUUUGUGCGUCCAAUGAGGCGCAGCUGGACGUGCCUGGCAUGCAGGCUCCGCGCCCCGCCCCUGACCGCGUUGCGCUUUUUGACCCCGCCGUCCCGCCGUAGGCAGCGCUGCACGCCCGGAGCGGCAAUGGCGGAUGUGUCAGAGAGGACACUGCAGCUGUCAGUGCUGGUUGCCUUCGCUUCCGGAGUGCUCCUGGGCUGGCAGGCCAACCGGCUGCGGAGGCGCUACCUGGACUGGAGGAAAAAGAGGCUGCAGGACAAACUGGCGGCGACGCAGAAGAAGCUGGACCUGGCCUGAGAUCCCCGCAUUGUCGAUCCCCGCCGGCCCCCACGCGGCCACCUCGAGGCCGCCUCUCUCCCGCGCUGGGGGCUCCGGCGACUGAAGCCAGGCUCGCCUCAAGCUCUCCGCCCGCCGUGCCAGGCUCUUCCCGGAGUCGCUUGUUGAAGAUGGAUACAGAGCAUUGGACAGAAAUAGUUUCUCCUUGCACUUUAUGAAUCUAUUUUAUUUUUAAAAUAAAAAAUUCAAAGAUGUUUAAACUU